UAAAAACUAACCAUUUUAGAAUUCUUAUACUAAAUACUCAUAUCACUUCCCCAUAUAUAAACCCCAUUUUAACCUACUCAGAUGACCAAGUAAAGCUUUCAAAAGUUCCAAACUUUAUUUUCUCUUUCUUUCCUAGACUCUCCCAAAUGGACUGGAGCAGAGGACACAUCAUCGGCCGAGGUUCUUCGGCCACAGUCUCCGUCGCCACCUCUGCCUGGUCCGGUCAAGUGUUCGCCGUCAAGUCAGCCGAGCUGUCCCACUCCAAAGCUUUGCAACAAGAACAGAGCGUUCUCUCUUCUCUUAUUAGUCCUCAUGUCGUGAGCUACAUUGGUCAAGACAUUACCACAGAAAACGAUAGGCCCAUGUACAAUCUCUUCCUCGAGUACAUGCCCGGAGGGUCUCUAACCGACGUCGUUUCUCGCCUCGGCGGGCGACUCGACGAAUUGUUGAUAGGACACUACACGCGGGAAAUCGUUCGGGGGUUAGAGUAUCUUCAUUCCCUUGAGAUAGUGCAUUGUGACAUUAAGGGUCGGAACAUCUUGAUCGGCGAAAAGGGUCCAAAAAUAGCUGAUUUUGGCUGCGCUAGACGGGUUAAUUCCGCUGGCCCGAUUGCCGGAACGCCAAUGUUUAUGGCACCGGAGGCGGCGCGUGGUGAACACCAGGGGUUCCCUAGUGAUAUUUGGUCUCUGGGGUGCACAAUUAUCGAGAUGGCAAGCGGAGGCUCGCCGUGGCCUGAUGGCAGUGACCCAAUUGCGAUUCUUUAUCGGAUUGCUUAUUCCGGCGAGUCACCGGAGAUUCCGAGUUUUCUUUCCGACGAAGCGAGGGAUUUCUUGGGAAGGUGUUUAAGGAGGAAUCCAGAGGAGAGGUGGACGGCGAGUCAGCUUUUAAAGCAUCCAUUUAUUGGAGAGUCGAAGCAAAACAACGAAUCGAAUAAUUCAAAAUCUAUCUCUCCAACAAGCAUUCUCGAUCACGAAAUAUGGAAUUCGUUAGAAGAUGAAUUGGAGAGUUUCAGUAAUUUCAGUAGUGUAUCGAACGUUGGAGAGUCGGCGGCUGAUAGGAUCAGACGGCUGUCAUCAGUGGGUCAAACGACAUGGAGUUUGGAACAGAACUGGAUCACGGUAAGAAGUAGUAAUGAUGAUGAAGAAGAAGAAGUUGAUAUGGUUGGUGGGUCAGGGGAAAGAGUCUCGGCUUCUUCAUUGAGCAGUUGUUGCGACUGUUCAAGUUUAUUAUUAGAGUUAAAUUUUAGUGAUAAAAACAGGGCAGACAUUCUUGAAGUCUUUCCUCAUAGAGAACAGACUAGUGUUGUUGUUGUUAAUUUCAACAAUCUCAUUCUUGAGAAUGAUAGACACAAGUUGUUACUUCCUUUUUGUUCAACAUUUUUGAAAUUAUAGAAAUUUAUCCAAAUCCCAUUUUUGUUUUUCUUU